GGGAAAUAAUGAAGCCUAAAAAAAGGAAAAAGAGGGUCAGGACAGGAGAGGAGGUGGACCGAGUGAGUGGCCGACAGGUGGGGCCGGCAUUGGUGGGGGUCGCCGGGGAGGGGAGGGAUGAGCCAGAGGCAGCAGGAUCAGGAGCAGGAGGUGGUGGCGCACGUGUACGACGUCGCCUGCAGCGGCUCCGACGGCGGCGGCGGCAACGGCAACACCGCCGUCGUCCACAUCAACCGCUUCUUCAAGGACGCCAUCGGCCUCGGCGGCAUCUUCCACACCGCCAUCCAGGUGUAUGGAGAUGAAGAAUGGUCGUUUGGUUACUGUGAAAAUGGCACUGGGGUUUUUAGCUGCCCUCCAUGCAAAAACCCCAUGUACACAUACCGUGAAUCCAUAGUGCUGGGGAAGACGAGCUGCUCUAUUUUCACUGUAAAUCAAAUACUGCAGGAACUGAGCUGGAAAUGGCCUGGAGGCUCAUAUGAACUCCUAUCAAGGAACUGCAAUCAUUUCUGCAAUGCCUUCUGUGAGAAGCUUGAAGUACCAAAACUUCCAGCUUGGGUCAAUCGCUUUGCAAAUGCUGGGGAUGCUGCUCUAGAGGUUGCUGAAACUACAGCAGUAAAGCUGAAGCAAGCAAAAAAGGAAAUUGCGGGUGCAUGCAAAGCAGCCACCACAUAUUUGACUGGUUCAUCUUCAAGUUCACCAUCAAAUGCAGAGAACACAGGCUGUUCAACAAAUAGUUCUCUUUUUGAGGGGACAUGGAUCAGAAGUAUCAUUGGCAUCAGUAUGAAACCAUCAAAGAGUCUCAUGUGCUCAGAUAGUUCAGAUGAUGAAAAAUCUGAAGAUGAGAGGGGAUCAGAUUGUGAACAGCCUAGCAGUGAUCACAUUGAGGACAAAAAGGAUGCAACACAAGAGCAAAGGGUGGAAAGCGAUAAUAGAGCAUGCCAUCAUCCAUGAAGAUCACACAACUAUGUACUGAAAAGGGAGCAACAUUUCAAGAUUGCAAUUUGCUGAUUAAAAAAUUUACACAGCGACCAAGCAAUCUACAACAAAAACCUAUUUACACAUUCAGUGGCAUUGAUUUGUUAUCAAGAACUGGAAGCUGUGACAAAGCCCGGUGAAGUGCCGAAGUGAUGGUGUUCAUCACAAUGCGUGCAAUCCUGGACUUCACUUGCCCACGACGUGGCAGUGGACGAACUCUCAUUUGCUUUUCACCCUUGUAGACUUUGAUGAGAUGGCCAGCAGCACCCUUGCAAGCUUUCUCGCCCAUGUUGGUGAAGGAAAUAUCAGAAGACUUUCUGGCAGGCUGGUCUGGCUCUUGGGGCAGUAUGCUCGAUCUCUGUUCCGUUGUCUACUUAUAGGCUAGGAGAUGUUGUAUCUGAAAGGAAGACAUGACAGCUAAACCUUGUUCCAUUGUCGUAUUAGCUGAGGGAGCCAUUGAGUAUACUGGAACGCUGUUGUUUUUGUAUAAUGUUGCAGUGUCUGUUGGUAAUGGUAUGAGAUGCUUCUGUUGAUCAAUUUGUUUGAGGAGUGAUUGGGCUGUUUGUCUGCGUGUUAUGUGCAAAUCUUUGAUUUGAUUUUUGGCUCUUUGGUUUCUCAUGAACAGACAUGUAUGCAUCUGGUGGAACAAACUGCGGUCCUGU